AUGCCAGCCGUAAGAAUCUCCGCCCGCAACGUCUUGGAUUUAUCUGACAUCCUCCAGCACGGCCAAGCACUGCCGCAAGCGGCAACAGAAAGCGCCCGCGAAGCUCGAAAAUCUUUCUUCUGUGAGACGAAAAUCCCAAUUCGGCUCCGAUAGAAAGAAACUACCAGUCCACUAACGUCUCUUCCCAAAGGCCAACUGUGCCAAAAAGGCUACGCCCGCAUGAACGAGUUCGAAGCCCACGAGGGUUCCUACGACCAUCAACAUCGAAAGGUAUCGUCCGCCCCCAAACCCCAAAAUCCCCGCACUUACUGACCCUGCGAUACUUCCCCAGCGUCUCAAAGAAAUGAAACAGAUCUCCAAAGACCCCACCCUCGCCGCGCGAGCGCGCGAACAGGAAACCCAGAAUUCAGGCCUCAAAUCCGUCGCCACACCCUCUAUCCCUCUGACAAACAAGAAGAAACCUGUCUUUAAGAGCACCAUGCAGCCGCAGAAUGUGCCUGCGAAGCCGUUGGAUGUGGGGAAGUCGGUGGUGGUGGUGGUGCAGGAUGGCAGUGGAGCGGUACGGAACGGAUGGGCCGAGAGGGCGUAUGAUCCGAUCAAGGGACCUACCAAUUAUGAUCCUGAUCUGAGGAUUGGGGAGUUGGUGGUUGAUUGA